GACCGACCAGCAGGCUGAGGCCCGGUCCUACCUCAGCGAGGAGAUGAUCGCUGAGUUCAAGGCCGCCUUCGAUAUGUUUGACGCGGACGGCGGCGGGGACAUCAGCGUCAAGGAGCUGGGCACCGUGAUGAGGAUGCUGGGCCAGACACCCACCAAAGAGGAGCUGGACGCCAUCAUCGAAGAGGUGGAUGAGGAUGGCAGCGGCACCAUCGAUUUCGAGGAGUUCUUGGUCAUGAUGGUGCGCCAGAUGAAAGAGGACGCCAAGGGCAAGAGCGAAGAGGAGCUGGCUGAGUGUUUCCGCAUCUUCGACAGGAACGCGGACGGCUACAUCGACGCCGAGGAGCUGGCGGAGAUUUUCCGAGCCUCCGGGGAGCACGUGACAGACGAGGAGCUCGAAUCCCUGAUGAAGGACGGGGACAAGAACAACGACGGCCGCAUUGACUUCGACGAGUUCCUGAAGAUGAUGGAGGGCGUGCAGUAAGAAG